GACUCCAGGCGCGGAAGCGAGAGAAGGAUAGAGGCACAGAGGCUCCGGGAGGCAGUGCUGCCCCCCGCGCCCCGCACCGCUGCGGGACCCGCGCCGCGAGAGGGGCGGACUUCGGAGCCUCGCGCGUCCGCCGGCGCCUGGGUUGGCGCUGCGGGGCGGAGGCGGUGUCUGAGCGCCGCUCCGGCUCUGCUCUCUCUCGAGCUUCGGCACCCGCCCGAGCCGCUCGCGCGCCCGCCACCUGUCUGCCCACUCCGCUGUCUGUCUGCCCUCCCGCCGCCAGCUCCUGCCUCGGGCCUGCCCUCUCCGGUCUCGGUGCUCCGAGGGGCGACGAGAAGCGCGGCGGGGCCGUGGCGCACCGGGCAGGGCGCGCGGGGCGCACGGCCUGGGGGCGCACGGUGCGGCGCCGGCCCAUGAGGCUUUCCAGCGCGGGGAGCGGCAGCGCCGGCCGGCCAUGGGGGGUAGCCUGCGGGUGGCCGUUCUAGGCGCCCCGGGCGUGGGCAAGACGGCCAUCAUCCGCCAGUUCCUGUUCGGUGACUACCCCGAGCGCCACCGGCCCACGGACGGGCCGCGCCUCUACCGACCCGCGGUGCUGCUCGACGGCGCCGUCUACGACUUGAGCAUCCGCGACGGCGACGUCGCUGGCCCCGGCUCGAGCCCCGGGGGUCCGGAGGAGUGGCCAGACGCUAAGGACUGGAGCUUGCAGGACACGGACGCCUUCGUGCUCGUCUACGACAUCUGCAGCCCGGACAGUUUCGACUACGUGAAGGCCCUGCGGCAGCGCAUCGCGGAGACCAGGCCGGCGGGCGCGCCCGAAGCGCCCAUCCUCGUGGUAGGCAACAAGCGGGACAGGCAGCGGCUGCGCUUCGGACCGCGGCGCGCGCUGGCCGCCCUAGUGCGCAGGGGCUGGCGCUGCGGCUACCUCGAGUGCUCCGCCAAGUACAACUGGCACGUGCUGCGUCUCUUCCGCGAGCUGCUGCGCUGCGCUCUGGUGCGCGCGCGCCCUGCACACCCGGCCCUGCGCCUGCAGGGGGCGCUGCAUCCCGCGCGCUGCAGCCUCAUGUGACCCGAUCGGACAAUGCCAUCCAUGGGCCCCACCUUGUGACUGGGACAAUCAGGGACCUGGAUUGGACGGGAUCGCCCAACUUCACUGGGACUGGACAGGGCAGUCUCCGCCCUGAUUGGAUGAGGAAAGCUCCAACCCAGUCUCCUAAGCGACUGGCCCCUUUUUGAAACUCAUUGGACCCAACCAGGUCCCAAGCUCCAUUGGAGAUGACCAGUCCUUUCUGGGACCUCAAUGGGUCACAAUCCCAUUGAAUGGAAAGGACUUGGCUAUGAAUUUGACUGGAAACACGCAGCCUGCUCCUGGAGCUUCACUGGACAUAUUCUUUAUGCCACACCUACCGCGGGAUAAUAAAAGGGAAAAUAAUUUGA